CGCUACUCAGACCAUCGCGGAUGUCCAAGAUUCACGUCUUUGAGUAUAGCAAAAGCAGUCGCGCGACUUGCCAUGGCCCGGCGCCAUGCAAAGGGUCUCCCAUUGAGCUUGGGUCCCUAAGGUACGGGCAGGUCAGCGCAGGCAAGUACGGGGAGACUGUCGAAUGGCGGCAUUGGGGAUGCGUUACGCCCGACAUUCUCACGAAGCUAGCCGCAGCAAAGCUUGAGACUGUUCCUGGCUUCAGCAACCUCUCCCCUGCAGACCAGAGCAAGAUUCGACUCGCAGUGGGCCUUGGACGCAUCGACUCCGCGGACAUUCCCGCCAGCGCUAAGGGCCCCGCUCUCUCCACGCCCGGUCCUAGUCAGAAGAAACGGAAAUUGCAAUAUGAAUCCUCAUCUGCUUCGCAGAACACCCCGCCAAGUUCCUCGCAGCCGAGCUACUCACAGCCAUCGUCCUCGCAACCUCUACGCAGUAUUUCUGGGCCACCCCUGUCGCAGCUUUCGCGGCUGGCUGAAGAGAUAGAGGACGAACCUGAGGAAGAGAACAGGGACGAGCUAUAUGUGAUGCUGAGGACAAGUAUAGUCGGGGUCCAGUACUACAAAGGGCUGGUCGGCCCAGGAGAAGAGGUGUUACUUGUUCGGGAGCCUCACAAUAGAUAUGACAGGAAUGCAAUCCAAGUCAAGAACAUCGGCGGCACACAGGUCGGCCAUAUUCCACGAAACAUCGCAGCGAAGCUCGCACCCCUCUUGGACAGUGGUUCCGUCACCGUAGAGGGCGUGAUGCAUGAAGGCAAUUUGCAGGGCUUCACCUAUUCUCUUGACAUGACUUUGAAGAUCUACGGUCCUACCGAGAGGCGCAAUAUUCUAGAGCCCAAACUCGUUUGGGCCACCCCGGGUGGCCGCGGUUUCCCGAAACCAGGCCCCAACGGCAUCCGACCCGUACCAGGUGCACCUACGCAGCGCGGCGCCCCUAUCCACGCUCCCGUUUCUGUCCCCCAGCGAGCUGCACCUAAUCCCAACCAGCAGCAGCGCGCACAGAAGAUGUCGGCUGCUCAGCAGGAGGCCUUGCGGAAGCAACAGGAGGCACGGCAAGAAGCUAUUCGCAAGCAGCAGGAGGCGCAGCAAGAAGCUAUACGCAAGCAGCAGGAGGCCUUCGCAAGGGCGCAGGAGCUCCGACAGAUCUUGAAUAAUCUGGAGAAAGUGGAUGACGAGGGCCGUCGUGCUUCGUUGCUUGACACACUAUGCUCUGUGGACGACGUGCUCGGGUUGCCCGUCCAUCCGAACCCUCCCGGGAUUGCGAGCGGACUGCUGAAGGUUGACUUGUUGAGGCAUCAGAGCCAAGCGCUGCAGUGGUGCAUUGAGCACGAAUAUCCUCAGAUACCCAAGAGCGAAGAUGACAAACCGGUUCAGUUCUGGCAGCUGAAGCAGGGACAGAAGAGGUACUAUUACAACAUUGCGACCAAGACUCCUCAGGAGGCAGUGCCCGUUCUCGGGCGUGGAGCACUCUGUGCGGACAGCAUGGGCCUGGGUAAGACUUUGACCAUGCUCGCGCUUGUGCUCGCCACCAAGUCGGAUAUCCCGAAGGACCAUUCGAGAUCGACGCUCAUCGUCGUGCCGCUUUCGGUUAUGUCGAAUUGGGAGAAACAGAUCGAGGACCAUGUCCAGCCUGGCGCACUCACGUCCUGCGUGUACUACGGCAAGACCCGUGAUAUGUCUCCCACCGAGCUCAAGAAGUAUGACGUCGUGAUCACGACAUAUCAGACGGUCGUGCAAGACCACGAGCUCAGCCUUGUCGGUAAGGCUGGUGGGCCUGCUGCGAAGAGGCAGAAGACGGACAAGGGCUUGUUUGACAUGCAGUGGAAGCGGAUCAUCCUGGAUGAGGGCCAUAAUAUUCGCAAUUCCAAGACGAAGAUGGCGAAGGCGGUAUGUGCGCUGACCGCUCAGCGCCGCUGGGUGCUUACUGGUACCCCGAUCAUCAAUUCCCCGAAGGAUUUGGGGUCCAUCCUCACGUUCUUGAGAAUUUGUAGUCCUUUGGACAACGAGGACUUUUUCAAGCGCAUGGUCCUUCGUCCACUUAAGGACGGCGACCCUGCUGGUGCUGAGCUAUUGCGGGCUUUGAUGAGCCACAUUUGUAUUCGGCGAACGAAGGAGAUGCAAGACAAGGACGGGAAGCCUCUCGUACCGUUGCCGCCUGUAGAGAUCACCAUGAUUCCGGUGACGCUGACACCGCAGGCCAGAGAGAUGUAUGACGCCGUCGAACAAUUGUCUAAGGAGCGGGUUGGGAGUUUGCUCCACCGGCACGGAUCUAUCCAUUCCGCUGCUGUGCAGUCUAAUGUGCUCAGCUUGUUGACUCGUAUGCGCCAACUCGCGCUUCACCCUGGUCUUGUGCCGCCUAACUAUCUCGAGCAACUCCGAUCCGGAAACGAAGCUGCGGAGGAAGAAGAGGAUGGGUCUGCUCCUGUCCAGAUUACUGCCCAGGAGAAGACUCGCCUUCAAGGCAUUCUUGCGCAGGCAAUAGAAGACUGCGACGAAUGCCCCAUCUGUUUCAGCAUCCUCAGCGAGCCGCGGAUCACGUUCUGUGGACAUAUGUUUUGUUUACCCUGUAUCACGGAAGUUAUCUCUCGAGAUCCCAAGUGUCCGAUGGAUCGGCGCGCACUUGAAUUGACACAACUUGUGGAACCUCCUCCGCCGACGGACCUCACCCAAGCUCCCGUGAGGUUCGACGACGAUAUGGAAGAGGACAACAAUGAGCUCCGGACGGGUUCAUCAGCCAAGAUCGACCAACUUGUGACUUUGCUCAGACUCACUCCCGACAACGACAAGUCCCUCGUAUUCUCUCAAUUCACAUCAUUUUUGGAUAAGAUUGCGGAGACCUUGGACAAGGAAGGGAUUCCGUAUGUCCGUUUCGACGGCAAGAUGUCUGCUAAGCGCCGUCAGGAGACUAUCGCUCGUUUCUCCGUUCCUAUCAAAGCCGCCAGCGGUGGACGUUCCUUCAGCCAGGCGUCGGUGCCCCCGCCUACCGACAGUCAGGCGCCUGCGUCAACCCAGCGGUCUCGUAGGGUCCGCUCCUCUCACUCUGUCCUCGUUGAAGGUCCCAUUGACGAUGGUGCCGAUGGCGACUAUGAGCUCGAUGACGACGAGCAGGACAAUGAUGACGACUUCAUCAGUGAUGAUGAAGACCACCUCGCUUCUCGUCGCACCAAGUCGAACAAGGGCAAAGGCGAGGGAAAAGGCGAGGCGAAGGGUAAAAAGUCUUGUGGCACUGCUAGCGAGCCUACGCCGAGCAACCCGGAAUCCGAUGGCGUGAAUCCUCGUGUCAUGCUCAUCUCUUUGAAGGCGGGUGCACUGGGGUUGAACCUGACCGUUGCGAACAAUGUCUACUUGAUGGAUCCUUGGUGGCAGGAAGGCAUCGAGUCCCAGGCUAUCGACCGUUGCAACCGAAUCGGUCAAAAGAAGCCAGUCAACGUCUACCAGCUCAUUGCCGAGAAUACUGUUGAGUCCAAGGUCAUGGAGAUCCAAGAGAAAAAGAAGAAGCUUAUCUCGGAGGCCUUUGCCGGCAUCAAGAACGCUGACACCAAGAGGCAGAAGAAGGAAGCCCGCCUACAAGAGCUUGUGCAUCUCUUCGGCCUUCAGAGACAAGUUGGGGCUGAGGAAGCUCCAGGAGGCAACUCCCAGACUACCCUUGACUCUUGGCGUGCUUGAAGAAGCUGCAUUCAGUAUCAUAUAUCCUAAUCUUACUACCUCGCAUAGCCUUCUAAUUGUUCAGUGCUAAUGCCUACAGUAACCAUGUCGUAUGUGCUGCUCAGGAUCAGGUCUUACACUACUAUCUAAUACGACAGACCGAGCUGUUAUUACUAAUAUAUUCCACACCAAUCACAUAUCGCAUACGGUG